GAUCAUGAUAAUGAUGGGCGCACGAGUUCUCGCCCUUCACCCACCUCGCCUUCUUUCAUCCUUUUACCAUUGCUAUUAUUGCUAUAACUCGGCACGGAGAACGGUCGAAAGGCAGACGUGCGAGGAACAGAACAUAUUGAUCCAGAUGAGAUAGAGAGAACCGACGAUGACGACGAGGAGAAUGAGAUGCGAAGAGGAGGUGGAGGCGACGGCCGUGAAGGAGGGCGGGAGUCUGGGAGAAGGGGAGGCGCGGCCGUCUUCUCGGCUUCCGACCCCGAGGACAGGAGAUUUUUUGGGGAGGCACCGCCUGUCUGCCGCCAUAAACCGCCUCAAUCAAGAGAUCCACUCCCUCCAGGAGGAACUAGACAAACUCGAUUCAACAGAGCCUUCCUCCGCAGCAUGCAAGGAGGUUCUCGUCAGCACGGAAGGCAUACCUGACGCCCUCCUUCCUGUCACCAGCGGCCCAGAGAUCGUUGCCUGGAACCGGUGGUUUGAAAGGGUCCGUAGCUCUCACGGUCACAAAUGGUGGGCAUGAAGGCCUCGAUUUUUCUUAGUGUUGGUGUCCGGUCAUGGAUGAAAGCACUCACGCGGACAUCCCGAUCGAGUCAAUGUCAGUGUCAUUCUCUGAUGCCUGGGCUAUUCUUUCCGGUAGAUCCAAACGGAUAGAAAUAUAUCGUGAGCUGUUAAUUGUGGCGUUGGUUAUGUGAACGCUUUCCCCUUGGGGGCAAAUAUUGAUUUCCAUGAGAUAAAAAAAGGAAGUUAAUUUGCAUGGAUACUCUUUGGAUAUUUUAUACAGCAGUUUCUCUAAUCUGCCUUUCUGGCA